CACAUUUCCGAGAUUCCAAAUGACUCCGUGAAACAAGGGCUGUCCGGAGAGCCUGCUUUGCAGGUUCAGGCUACUCCUUCUGACGAGGAAGGAGGACCUGAUCCCCAAUUAGUUCACGCCGAACUUUGAUCACUAGGGAAACAUGCGACUUCUAUGACAUCCGCCGUCGACAAUACCCCAGCGGAUCUUACUGCCGCAGAUGAUUUUGAGACGACGUAUCUCCAACCCCUCAAGAUUAUCGAUGCUGUCCUUGAGAAGAUCGCAGACGUACAUCCGUACGCAAAGAUGGCGCUGGGAGUCCUGUCGGCUGCAUCUAAAAUUAUAAUUGCUCAGGCACAGCGCGACCAAUCGAUUCUCAGUCUUAAAUUGGCUGAAGUUUACCGCUUCAUAGCUCAAGAUGACAGUCUUGGAAAAAUUGAAUCGAUGCGCGAUAUCGUCGGAAAGAUCGUUCACCAGACUCUUGAGUGUGCCCGUUUCAUCAGGGACUAUUCGGAGACAAAGAGCUUCUAGAAGAGACUCGGCAAGGAGUGUGUCCACCCGUACCGUUCUCGAGAUUUUGGCAGACCGGAUCUC